AGGCUGCAAGUCGUGCCAUAGUCCAGUUUCUGGAGGUCAAUCAAAGUGAAGAAGCAAGUAGAGGUUGGAUGCUGCUCACCACAAUCAAUUUACUAGCUUCGUCAGGACAGAAAACUGUGGACUGCAUGACUACAAUGUCAGUGCCUUCCACACUUGUUAAAUGUCUAUAUCUGUUUUUUGACCUUCCACACGUGCCUGAGGUAGUAGGAGGAGCACAGAAUGAACUACCUCUCGCAGAGCGCCGAGCACUACUUCAGAAAGUCUUUGUACAGAUCCUGGUAAAAUUGUGCAGUUUUGUGUCCCCGGCGGAAGAACUGGCUCAAAAGGAUGAUCUUCAGCUUCUAUUCAGUGCAAUAACCUCAUGGUGCCCUCCCUAUAAUCUGCCUUGGAGGAAGAGUGCAGGGGAAGUACUAAUGACCAUAUCGCGUCACGGCCUUAGUGUCAAUGUAGUGAAAUACAUUCAUGAAAAGGAAUGUUUGUCCACGUGUGUUCAGAACAUGCAGCAGUCUGAUGACCUUUCUCCCCUAGAAAUAGUUGAGAUGUUUGCUGGACUUUCUUGUUUUCUCAAAGAUUCCAGUGAUGUAUCCCAAAUGUUGUUGGAUGAUUUUAGGAUAUGGCAAGGAUACAACUUCCUCUGUGACCUCCUCCUCAGAUUAGAACAGGCAAAAGAGGCUGAAUCUAAGGAUGCUUUGAAGGACUUAGUUAAUUUGAUAACUUCCUUAACAACAUAUGGUGUCAAUGAAUUAAAGCCAGCUGGUGUUACCACGGGAGUACCUUUCCUGCUACCUGGAUUUGCAGUCCCGCAGCCUGCAGGCAAAGGUCACAGUAUGAGGAAUAUUCAAGCAUUUUCAGUCCUCCAGAAUGCAUUUUUGAGAGCAAAAACCAACUAUCUAGCACAAAUUAUCCUUGAUGCUAUCACAAAUAUUUAUAUGGCGGAUAAUGCCAACUACUUCAUUUUGGAAUCGCAGCACACAUUGUCUCAGUUUGCAGAGAAAAUUCCUAAACUCCCAGAAGUGCAGACCAAAUACUUUGAGAUGCUGGAAUUUGUCGUCUUCAGCUUGAAUUACAUACCCUGUAAAGAGCUGAUCAGUGUGAGCAUCCUUUUAAAAUCCAGCACUUCUUUUCAGUGUAGCAUCAUUGCCAUGAAGACACUCCUUAAGUUCACCCGUCAUGACUACAUCUUUAAGGAUGUCUUCAGGGAAGUGGGGCUUCUGGAGGUGAUGGUAAAUCUUCUUCAUAAAUAUGCAGCCCUUCUGAAAGAUCCCACUCAGGCACUGAAUGAUCAAGGGGACUCAAGGAACAGUUCAUUUGAGGACCAAAAGCAGCUGGCUUUAUUGGUUAUGGAGACCUUGACAGUGCUACUACAAGGAUCAAACACAAAUGCAGGUAUUUUCAGGGAGUUUGGUGGUGCGAGAUGUGUGCACAACAUAGUGAAGUAUCCCCAGUGCCGACAGCAUGCCCUGAUGAUCAUCCAGCAGUUGGUGUUAUCACCUAGUGGAGAAGAUGAUAUGGGCACUUUGUUGGGACUGAUGCACUCGGCUCCACCUACGGAACUGCAGCUGAAAACAGACAUCUUAAGGGCCCUACUCUCAGUGCUGAGAGAAAGUCACCGCACAAGAACUGUUUUUAGAAAAGUUGGUGGAUUUGUGUAUGUCACCUCUUUACUCGUUGCUAUGGAAAGAUCUUUGUGCUCGCCGCCUAAGAAUGGCUGGGAGAAAGUAAACCAGAAUCAAGUGUUUGAACUGCUUCAUACUGUGUUCUGCACAUUGACAGCAGCAAUGCGCUAUGAGCCAGCCAACUCUCAUUUCUUCAAAACAGAGAUCCAGUAUGAAAAACUAGCAGAUGCUGUUCGAUUACUUGGCUGCUUCUCAGACUUGAGAAAAAUAAGUCCCUUGAAUGUCUUCCCUUCAAAUACACAACUAUUUCAAAGACUUUUGGAGGAUGACCUAAUAUCCCUGGAUUCUGUGUCACCUACGCUAAGACACUGCAGCAAACUUUUUAUUUACCUCUACAAGGUAGCGACAGAUUCUUUUGACAGUCGUGCAGAACAGCUCCCUCCUUGCCUGACAAAUGAGACUUCUCUCCCCUCUCCCUGGGGUACACCAGCUUUGUCCAGGAAAAGGCAUGCAUAUCAUUCUGUUUCAACACCUGCUGUUUGCCCUCAGAAAAACAUAGGUGAUGUGAAACUCCAAACAGGACCCAUAUCCAUACAAAGCUCCGAUGCGGUCAUUAUCCACCCUGGUGCUGUGCUUUCUGUGCUGGAUCUUCUGGCCUCUGUUGGAUCAACUACACACCCAGAGCAUGCGCUGGAUCUCCAGCUGGCGGUGGCCAAUAUCCUGCAAUCUCUAGUGCACACAGAGAGAAACCAGCAAGUCAUGUGUGAAGCUGGGCUCCAUGCACGACUUCUACAAAGAUGCAGUGCUGCUCUGGCUGAUGAGGACCACUCGCUGCAUCCACCACUCCAAAGGAUGUUUGAAAGGCUGGCGUCCCAGGCACUGCAGCCGAUGGUGUUGAGGGAAUUUUUGCGCUUGGGAAAUCCUUUGAAUUGCGGAGCUUGGGACAAAAAGCUGUUGAAACAGUACCGAGUGCACAAACCCAGCUCGCUAAGUUUUGAACCGGAAAUGAGAAAUAGCAUGGUUACCUCAAUGGAAGGUCUGGGUUCUGACAGCGUCUUCAGUUUGCAUGAAGACAGCCACUAUCGGAUAAGCAAGAGCCUGCUCAAGCCAGCAGAAGGGAGCACAGUACCCCUGACGAGAGUGAAGUGUUUGGUCUCCAUGACAACUCCACAUGAUAUCAGGCUUCAUGGAUCAUCAGUUACACCGGCAUUCAUUGAGUUUGACACGUCUCUUGAAGGGUUCGGCUGCCUGUUCUUGCCGAGUUUGGCUCCCCAUAAUGCACCUACAAAUAAUGCUGUUACAACAGGACUUAUUGAUGGUGCAGUUGUGAGUGGAAUUGGAACUGGUGAAAGAUUUUUCCCACCACCAUCGGGUUUCAGCUACUCAACUUGGUUUUGUAUUGAACAUUUCAGUACGCCUCCUAAUAACCAUCCUGUGAGACUUCUUACUGUAGUGCGCCGUGCAAACUCCUCGGAGCAACAUUAUAUAUGCCUUGCCAUUGUCCUCUCAGCAAAAGACCGGUCAUUGAUUGUUUCAACUAAAGAAGAAUUGCUUCAAAAUUAUGCCGAUGACUUCAGUGAGGAAUCUUCAUUUUAUGAAAUCCUUCCUUGUUGUGCCCGUUUUCGCUGUGGUGACCUCAUUGUGGAAGGCCAGUGGCAUCACCUAGUUCUGGUCAUGAGUAAAGGCAUGCUAAAGAACAGCACAGCUAUGCUCUACCUUGAUGGUCAGCUUGUUAGCACUGUUAAGCUUCACUACAUUCAUAGUAGCCCAAGUGGGUCUGGUUCUGCCAAUCCACCUGUAGUCAGCACUGUUUAUGCCUAUAUUGGCACACCGCCUGCACAGCGCCAGCUCUCUACAUUAGUGUGGCGUCUGGGUCCUACGCAUUUCCUGGAAGAAGUUUUGCCUGCCCCAGGUGUUAGCACCAUUUAUGAGCUGGGACCAAACUAUGUUGGAAGCUUUCAAGCAGUAUACGUACCAUGUAAAGAUUCGAAGUCUGAAGGGAUCAACCCAUCUCCAGUAUCUUUGGUACCAGAAGAGAAGGUCUCUUUUGGUCUCUAUGCGCUGUCAGUUUCUUCAUUUACAGUGGCAAAAAUAAGGAAAAUUUACAACAAGUUGGAUAGUAAAGCUAUUGCUAAACAGCUGGCGAUUUCUUCUCAUGAAAAUGCCACACCUGUGAAGCUGCUACAUAACUCAGCAGGGCAUUUGAAUGGACCAGCACGCUCCAUUGGUGCAGCUUUAAUAGGAUAUUUGGGAGUAAGAACAUUCGUCCCCAAGCCUGUUGCCACUACACUGCAGUACAUUGGUGGAGCAGCUGCAAUUUUAGGACUUGUAGCCAUGGCAUCAGAUGUAGAAGGGUUGUAUGCAGCUGUGAAGGCCUUAGUCUGUGUGGUAAAGAGCAAUCCCCUAGCCAGCAAAGAAAUGGAAAGAAUCAGAGGUUAUCAGUUGCUGGCAAUGCUGUUAAAGAGGAAACGAUCACUUCUGAACAGCCAUAUACUCCAUCUGACCUUUUCCUUGGUGGGAACUGUCGACAGUGGGCACGAGACCUCCAUUAUUCCAAAUUCUGCUGCCUUCCAGGAUCUGCUCUGUGAUUUUGAAGUCUGGCUUCAUGCACCCUAUGAGCUUCAUCUGUCAUUAUUUGAGCACUUCAUAGAACUUCUUACAGAGUCCAGCGAAGCGGCAAAGAACGCUAAGUUAAUGAGGGAGUUCCAACUCAUCCCAAAACUGCUCUUGACUCUUCGAGAUAUGUCUCUGUCCCAGCCUACUAUUGCUGCAAUUAGUAACGUGCUGAGCUUUCUGCUUCAAGGCUUCCCUAGCAGCUAUGACUUGCUCAGGUUUGGACAGUUCAUCGCUUCCACAUUACCUACAUUUGCAGUCUGUGAGAAGUUUGUGGUCAUGGAAAUAAACAAUGAGGAAAAGCUUGAUAGUGGAACAGAGGAUGAUUUUGGAGGACUUGUUUCAGCUAAUCUUAUUCUACUGCGAAACAGGCUUUUAGAUAUCCUUCUGAAACUUCUGUAUACGUCUAAAGAAAAGACAACUGUUAAUUUGCAGGCUUGUGAAGAACUGGUCAAGACACUGGGUUUUGAUUGGAUUAUGAUGUUUAUGGAAGAACAUCUGCAUUCCACCACGGUCACAGCAGCUAUGCGAAUUCUUGUGGUCCUGUUGAGUAAUCAGUCCAUCCUUAUCAAAUUCAAGGAGGGUCUCAGUGGUGGAGGCUGGCUCGAUCAGACGGACUCUGUCUUGACCAAUAAGAUUGGUACUGUGCUAGGGUUCAAUGUCGGCAGGAGUGCUGGUGGCAGAUCGACAGUCCGGGAGAUUAAUCGGGAUGCUUGUCACUUCCCAGGCUUUCCCAUUCUGCAGUCCCUUCUCCCAAAGCACACUAACGUACCUGCACUCUAUUUCCUCCUCAUGGCCCUUUUCCUGCAGCAGCCAGUCACUGAACUGCCCGAAAACCUGCAGGUCAGUGCACCUGUCAUCAGCAGCCGGUGUAAUCAGGGUUGCCAGUUUGAUUUAGACUCUAUCUGGACAUUCAUAUUUGGAGUUCCUGCCUCCUGUGGCACCGUUACCUCUUCAAUACACAGUGUUUGCACAGAAGCUGCCUUCUUGUUAUUGGGAAUGCUGAGGAGCAUGCUGAAUUCUCCUUGGCAGUCGGAGGAAGAAGGCUCUUGGCUUCGAGAAUAUCCAGUGACCUUGAUGCAGUUCUUUCGAUAUUUGUAUCACAAUGUGCCGGACCUCAUUUCCUUGUGGAUGAGUCCAGAGUUCCUGUGUGCGCUGGCAGCAACAGUGUUUCCUUUCAACAUAAGACCUUACUCUGAGAUGGUCACUGAUCUGGAUGAUGAAGUUGGGUCCCCAGCUGAAGAGUUUAAAGCCUUUGCAGCUGAUUCUGGCAUGAACAGGAGCCAGUCAGAAUACUGCAAUGUUGGCACGAAGACAUACCUAACCAACCAUCCUGCCAAGAAGUUUGUGUUUGACUUCAUGCGUGUGCUGAUAAUUGAUAAUUUAUGUCUCACACCAGCCAGCAAACAGACUCCACUGGUAGAUCUUCUGCUAGAGGCUUCCCCUGAAAGAUCAACACGAACACAGCAGAAGGAGUUUCAGACGUACGUUUUGGAUGGAGUGAUGGACCACUUACUUGCAGCUGAUGUUUUACUGGGUGAAGAUGCAUCUCUGCCUAUAACGAGUGGAGGAAGCUACCAAGUGCUGGUGAACAAUGUGUUUUAUUUUACACAGCGUGUGGUAGACAAGCUUUGGCAGGGCAUGUUCAACAAAGAAUCCAAACUUCUUGUGGACUUCAUAAUCCAGCUCAUUGCACAGUCAAAAAGAAGAUCUCAGGGACUAUCGCUGGAUGCUAUUUAUCACUGCCUGAACAGGACCAUCUUGUAUCAGUUCUCAAGGGCACACAAAACUGUUCCUCAGCAGGUGGCUCUCCUUGAUUCCCUAAGGGUCCUUACUGUGAACAGAAACUUAGUUCUGGGACCUGGAAAUCAUGAUCAAGAGUUCAUCAGCUGCCUAGCUCACUGCUUGAUUAAUCUGCAUGUGGGAAGCAACGUUGAUGGGUUUGGAUUGGAAGCAGAAGCCAGGAUGACAACUUGGCACAUUAUGAUCCCCUCUGAUAUAGAACCAGAUGGAGUCUACAAUCAAGAUGUCAGCGAAGGUCGCCAGCUUCUUUUAAAAGCCAUAAACAGAGUGUGGACAGAGCUGAUCCAUAGUAAAAAACAGGUUUUAGAAGAAGUUUUCAAAGUGACGCUACCUGUCAAUGACCGUGGCCAAGUGGAUAUAACUGUUGCAAGACCUUUUAUUGAGGAAGCAAGUUUAAAGUGUUGGCAAAAUCAUUUGGCUCAUGAGAAGAAAUGCAUCAGUAGAGGGGAGGCUUUGGUUCCAACCACCCAGUCCAAACUUUCACGAGUUAGCAGUGGGUUCGGCCUCUCUAAACUAACCGGUUCCAGGAGAAACCGCAAGGAGAGCGGGCUUAAUAAACACAACCUCUCUACACAGGAAAUUUCCCAAUGGAUGUUUACUCACAUUGCCGUGGUUCGGGACCUAGUUGAUAUGCAGUAUAAGGAAUAUCAGGAGCGUCAGCAGAAUGCACUAAAAUACGUGACAGAAGAGUGGUCCCAAAUUGAAUAUGAGCUACUACGAGAGCGAGGCUUGUGGGGUCCCCCCAUUGGCUCCCAUCUUGACAAGUGGAUGUUAGAGAUGACUGAGGGUCCCUGCAGAAUGAGGAAGAAGAUGGUGCGAAAUGACAUGUUUUAUGUUCAGUAUCCCUACAUGCCUGAAGCUGAGCAAGAAACAAACUUGCUGUCUGACUUCUCAAGUAGACUUCCUGAGACAGCUGAUGAUUCCAUUCCUCAAAAGAAACCUGCUCGGUACCGAAGAGCUGUAAGUUAUGACAGUAAAGAGUACUACAUGCGCCUGGCUUCUGGAAACCCUGCAGUCUUUCAGGAUGCUAUAGAAGAGAAUACAGUGGGUGAAACAACUCAGCAGGAGCCAGAACACGGGGAGGACACUAUUGCAAGAGUCAAAGGCCUGGUGAAGCCUCCCCUGAAACGAUCUCGCUCUGCUCCUGAUGGGGGAGAUGAUGAGAACCAGGACCAGUCACAGGAUCAAAUUGUUGAGGGGAGUUCGAUUGAUGAAGAGGAAAAGACAGACAAUACAACUUUGCUUCGACUUCUCGAAGAAGGAGAGAAGAUUCAGCAUAUGUACCGCUGUGCUCGGGUUCAGGGCCUAGACACCAGCGAAGGGCUGCUUCUCUUUGGGAAAGAGCACUUCUAUGUCAUUGAUGGAUUUACCAUGACAGCCACCAGAGAAAUACGGGAUAUUGAGACACUGCCUCCGAAGAUGCAUGAGCCAAUCAUACCUAGGGGAGCAAGACAAGGUCCAAGUCAACUCAAAAGAACAUGCAGCAUUUUUGCAUAUGAAGAUAUCAAGGAAGUACAUAAAAGGAGGUACCUUUUGCAGCCAAUUGCAAUUGAAGUUUUCUCAGGAGACGGACGGAACUAUCUUCUAGCUUUCCAAAAAGGGGUUAGAAACAAAGUUUAUCAAAGGUUUUUGGCUGUGGUGCCAUCUCUAACUGACAGUUCGGAGUCCGUGUCUGGGCAGAGACCAAACACCAGUGUAGAGCAAGGGUCUGGCUUGCUUAGCACUUUAGUGGGAGAAAAAUCGGUUACUCAAAGAUGGGAAAGAGGAGAAAUCAGUAACUUCCAGUACCUGAUGCACUUAAACACUCUGGCGGGCAGAUCCUAUAAUGAUCUCAUGCAGUACCCUGUCUUUCCCUGGAUCCUCGCAGACUAUGAUUCAGAGGAACUGGAUCUUAUGAAUCCCAAGACAUUCAGAAACCUGGCCAAGCCCAUGGGAGCUCAAACAGAAGACAGAUUAGCCCAGUACAAGAAGCGAUUCAAAGAUUGGGAAGAUCCCAACGGGGAAACUCCAGCUUAUCACUAUGGGACCCACUAUUCAUCGGCCAUGAUAGUGGCUUCCUAUCUUGUCCGGAUGGAGCCUUUUACUCAGAUUUUCUUACGGUUACAGGGCGGUCACUUUGACCUGGCUGACCGAAUGUUUCACAGCGUACGGGAGGCUUGGUAUUCAGCAUCAAAGCACAACAUGGCAGACGUGAAGGAGCUCAUCCCUGAGUUCUUCUACCUCCCCGAGUUCCUGCUCAAUUCUAACAAUUUUGACCUAGGUUGCAAACAAAAUGGCACUGAACUUGGCAAUGUAAUACUCCCCCCAUGGGCAAAAGGAGAUCCUCGUGAGUUUAUAAGAGUUCAUCGGGAGGCUCUGGAAUGUGACUUUGUGAGUGCACAUCUGCAUGAGUGGAUUGACUUGAUCUUUGGCUAUAAACAGCAAGGUCCUGCUGCGGUAGAAGCUGUAAAUGUCUUUCACCAUCUCUUCUAUGAGGGGCAAGUGGACAUAUAUAACAUCAGUGAUCCAUUAAAAGAGACAGCUACCAUAGGAUUCAUUAAUAACUUCGGGCAGAUACCAAAGCAGCUCUUUAAAAAACCACACCCACCGAAGCGUGUUAGAAGCCGACUGAAUGGGGAGGCUGUAGGAACCUCUGUGCCCCCUGGUUCCACAAAUGACAAGAUUUUUUUUCAUCAUUUGGACAACCUGCGGCCAUCUCUUGCCCCAGUGAAAGAGCUCAAGGAGCCCGUGGGACAGAUCAUGUGUACUGAUAAAGGCAUUCUGGCAGUAGAACAGAAUAAGGUUCUUAUCCCACCUACAUGGAAUAAAACUUUUGCUUGGGGCUAUGCAGACCUCAGCUGUAGACUGGGUACCUAUGAGUCGGACAAGGCAGUAAUUGUUUAUGAAUGUUUGUCAGAAUGGGGUCAGAUACUGUGUGCCAUUUGCCCCAACCCCAAACUAGUUAUCACUGGAGGAACAAGCACAGUGGUGUGUGUGUGGGAAAUGGGCAUUUCCAAAGAAAAAGCUAAAGCCCUCACACUGAAACAGGCAUUACUGGGUCAUACUGACGCUGUCACAUGCUUAACAGCAUCACUAGCUUAUCACAUAAUUGUGAGUGGAUCGCGGGAUCGCACCUGCAUCAUCUGGGAUUUGAAUAAACUCUCUUUUCUGACACAGCUUCGAGGUCACAGGGCUCCAGUUUCAGCACUCUGUAUAAAUGAAUUAACGGGGGAUAUUGUAUCAUGUGCUGGCACUUACAUCCAUGUAUGGAGCAUUAAUGGCAGCCCUACCGCAAGCGUAAACACUUUCACUGGCCGAAGCCAGCAAAUAAUGUGUUGCUUUGUGUCAGAGAUGAAUGAGUGGGAUACCCAGAACGUCAUAGUAACAGGACAUUCGGAUGGAGUUGUCCGGUUCUGGCGGAUGGAGUUUUUGCAAGUACCAGAAACACCAGCUCCAGAGCCUGUGGAGAUGCUGGAAAUGCAAGAGGAUUGUCAGGAAGCACAAAUAGGGCAGGAGGCCCACGAAGAGGACAGCAGUGACUCCGAGGCAGAUGAUCCAUGCAUAGGCCAGGACACGAAACUGCAGGAGAGCCAGAGUCAGCCAAGCAGCACCAGCCACAGGCCUAGGUCAUCAUCAAACAGAGCAGCAGCAGCAUGGUCAGCAGACAGUGGCUCUGAUGACUCCAGGCGUUGGUCAGACCAGCUCAGUUUGGAUGAGAAAGAUGGCUUUAUCUUUGUGAAUUAUUCUGAGGGACAAGCAAAAAUGCAUCCCCAUGCUCAGGUUAACCACCCACACCCCAGCUAUGUUGAAACACGGCACUACAGCAAGCUUAAACCAGGAUACAAAUGGGAGCGUCAGCUGGUGUUUCGAAGCAAACUAACUAUGCACACGGCAUUUGAUCGCAAGGACAACGCACAUCCAGCAGAAAUCACCGCACUUGGCAUUUCUAAGGAUCACAGCAGAAUUCUUAUUGGGGAUGGUCGAGGCAGAGUGUUCAGCUGGUCUGUAAGUGAUCAGCCUGGCCGAUCUGCAGCUGAUCACUGGGUGAAAGAUGAGGGGGGAGACAGCUGUUCGGGCUGCGCAGUUCGUUUUUCACUCACUGAGAGGCGUCACCAUUGCAGGAACUGCGGACAGCUCUUCUGCCAAAAGUGCAGUAGAUUUCAGUCUGAAAUCAAGCGUCUGAAGAUUUCAUCACCAGUCAGAGUCUGCCAGAACUGCUUCUACAACCUGCAGCAUGAGCGGGGUUCAGAGGAGGGGCCCAGAAACUGA